GGGCCGCCGCUCUGCAUACGCAGACAACGCAGCCAGCGUUAGGCCUCAACCAUUUUGCAGUUGCAGGGAGCCAAAUUGACUGAGAAUGAAAUGUGUUGAAAUUAUGACAUUAUUAAAUUUAAAACACAAUGUGAAUUAUUUAUGAUACGCUCAUCUUUUUUGUCUUUAAACAUUGCAUGGGGCACCUACUCCACUAGUUAAAAGUGGCACGUUAUUAUUUUUGUGCAUAAUAUAAUGCCCCCACCCCUAUUGCCUGAAAUGGCACGGCUCGGUUUGCUCUGUUGGUUGUUGCCAGAUGUGACAUUUUCCAGUCAAAUAAAUAAUCAAAAAAUGCAUGGAGGCGCUAAAUAUUGCGCAUGUUUAACCAUUUUUAAAGUGUAUGUGGCCAUUCUAUACAAAAACUCGUCCAGUGCAAUAUUUGUGUAAGUUAAAAACUUAAAAUAAAAUAAACAAAUAGGAUGAAAAAUCGUAACUUAUCUGGCAACCUUAGUCCUGACUAAAGUAGCAACGCCCGAAGUUGCUAAAUGGUAAUUCAACUAUGAAGCGACGGUUUGAGUCUGGAGCUGAAAAGAAGAAGAAAAAGAAGCAGAAAGAUGAGGCCCAUGCAUCCCUUUCUGGUAAGUAACUUCGAUGUUAAAGGUUUAAAUAGUUUUGAUUACUUCAUGUUCAGUGGUGUUGCCUGAGCUUACGUUGGCUUUGCUGAUUUGGUAGCUUUAAACGCUUAACUAGAAACUAAUCUGGGUAUUGCAAGGCACGUGGCACGUUUGCAAAUAGUAGUAGUGUAGUUUGAAGAUUUUUAGUGACUGAUUAAUAAACAGAGUAGCCUACCUAUUGACUAAUGCCGUCAGGUAACAGUUCUCGGUGUAACACCUGUUUAACUUAACCUCUUAACACGCCCCGGCCCGCCGGAGGGCCAGAAAAAUAUCAUAAUUAAUAUCUGGCUGUGUUUAUGAAUAAUUAUAGGCUCAAUAUAUCAGUGACAGUCAGCUGACACUCAGGAUUACGGAGCUGCAAAGCGUUUUACUGUCGGAUGUACGGUUCCUGAAUAAGAGUGCGUUAGACGGUUCGGUCUGUGAACACGCUCUUUGAUCCGCCUGGGGUUACUACAGGACACCUUUAAGGCUGGCUUGUGUAAAUGACGUGUCCACUGCUUAAAAUAGACAUGCAUCAUUUCGUACAGUUAGCAGACUGCCAGGAAAAAAGCAGUUCAUUUAGUGGGGAUACUGUAGAGUUUCCCAUUCCCAAUUAGGGCAAGGAAAGGUUGACACCUGCUGGUAAACAUUAGAAUUGGUGGUGGUUGUGAGUGGUUUCAGAAUGCCACCACCACUGUUUUGCUUGACAUAGAUGACUGUUUUAAUAUGCGUACAUUAUUAGAUAAUAAUGUAAUUGUUUCUUGUAAUUUUUCAUGCAGUCAUAUCAUUAUGGAAUACACUGGAUACUAGAUAAAAUAAAUAUAAUAAAAUAUAAAAUAUAAUAUAAAAAUAAUAUAUAUAUAAAAUAUAAAAUAUAAAUAUAGUAAAUAGAUAAAAUGAUAUUGCGUCUUACAGUUCAACAGAAAACCUACACUGAUGUGUAUUUUAUGCACUUGUUUAGUAUGAUAAAAUUAUAAUUUUCCAAUUCAAAAUAUUUUCACAGGAUCAAUUCUUAAAUAUGUGCAAGGAGUACCUGCAAUUCAGGAUGAGCAAGCGCAAGAAGCAGAAGAUUCUAGUUCAGGUACACACACAUACACGACCUCAGAAUGUAGUAGGCCUACUACAUCCACAUGUGAACGCCUUCCGCCUUUAAAUGAUGAUGGUGAAGUAAAUGUGCCAUCUCCAAAUGAUGAUGGUGAAGUAAAUGUGCCAUCUUCAAAAGACCCUGCCCUUUGGCCUGUACACAUCUCUGACAGUGACAGGGUUGAGCUUGUGAGGGGAGGACCAUUAAUGGUUCCUGACACAUUCCAAUUCCCAAGAGGCCCAGAUGGAAGGGCAUUUCAUGCAGGCUUGCAAUAUAAAUCACUACCAAAUAAAGAAAAAAUCAAGCGAAGCUGGAUGGUCUACUCUGCACAGAGCAAUGCAGUGUUCUGUUUCCCAUGCAAGCUUUUUGGAACAAAGAGCACUAGGUUAACAAAAACAGGCUAUAGCGACUGGUCGAACAUUAACAUCUGCUUGCGGAGCCAUGAAGGCAGCCCAGACCAUACAAAGUGUAUGCUGCAAUGGAGGGAACUAGAUAGGAGACUGAGGAAGAAUCUUGCUAUAGACCAGCAGGAGCUGUCCUUAAUGGAGGCAGAGAGGAAAAGAUGGCACGAUGUUCUUAAAAGGCUUUUUUCAAUUACUUUGUCUCUAGCCACCAGAAAUUUGCCAUUUAGGGGCUCUUCGCAAAGUCUGUACGUACAAGACAAUGGCAAUUUUUUGAAGGAGGUGGAGCUGCUGGCUCAGUUUGAUUCAGUUACAGAGGGACAUGUGGCCAGAAUUAAAGAUGAUGCAUCCAGAACGCACUAUCUGGGCCAACAAACGCAAAAUGAAAUCAUUGAGAUUAUCUGCUCCCAGACCAUUCAAACCAUUGUGGCAAAAAUCAAACAGGCAAAAUAUUAUGCCAUCAUCCUUGAUUGCACCCCAGACAUCAGUCAUAAGGAACAAAUGUCUCUUGUUGUGCGCAUUGUGGAAUUGGUGCCUGAGCCACACAUCAGAGAGUACUUCCUUGGAUACAUGAACGUGGUUGAAACGACAGGCCUGAAUCUGUCAAAUGUUGUUCUGGAAAAGUUGAGGGCACUUGGUAUUCCCUUUGAAGAUUGCAGAGGACAGGCCUACGAUAACGGUGCCAACAUGAAAGGAAAGAGGCAAGGAGUGCAGGCCAGACUACUACAGCUAAAUCCAAGGGCAGCCUUUGUCCCUUGUGCCGCACAUACAAUGAAUCUGGUCAUAUCAGAUGCAGCUAAGUCAUCUACAGAUGCAAUUAGCUAUUUUGGAUACCUUCAGAGGCUGUUUUGUUUUUUCUCAGCAGCCACACAGCGGUGGGACAUCUUACUCAAACAUGUCAAGUUGACCCUGAAAUCAUGGUCUGAUGUAAGAUGGGAGAGCAGACUUCAAAGUGUUGUUGCUGUCCGAAGUCAAGUGAAAGAAGUGAGAGAAGCUCUCUUAGAAGCAAGACAAGCAGUUACCGAACCCGUUGCAAGGUCAGAGGCUCAAGGCUUGGCAGAAGAGGUUGGCUCAUUCAGAUUUCUGAUCUGCACUGUUGUUUGGGCUGAAGUUCUUUCCGUCACCAGUCAGGUGAACAAGGUGCUGCAGUCAUCCUCAAUGCAGCUUGACAUUGCUGCCAGGCUAAUCAAGACUGCAAAGGAAUCUCUUACAAAGUACAGGCAGUCUGGGUUUUCUGAGGCCAUAGAAUCUGCAAAGGAGCUGUGUGAGGCUCUUAACAUCGAACCUGAGCUCAAACAGAAGAGGUUGAGAAGCACUAAAAGGCAGUUUGGUUAUGAAGCACCUGAUGAGCCCUUCAGUGAUGCACAAAAGAGACUAGAGGUGGAAUUUUUCAACCAUGUUGUUGACUCUGCUCUGACAUCGCUGCAGGAGCGGUUCGAGACCAUGAGCCAAGUGAGGGACACAUUUGGAGUGCUGCUUGAUUUUCAGAAAGUACAUGGUAUUUCAAAGCAGGACCUGCACAAUCACUGUAUGGAUGUGGAGAAAAAACUCACAGAUAAAGGUGAAGCUGAUAUUGAUGGACAGGAGAUGAUGCAGGAGAUAAUCAAUCUCCCUCAGCUGUCACCACAGACAACUGCCUUUGAGUUGCUCACCUAUCUGCAUGAUAAUAGCCUGCAAGAAGUGUACCCAAAUCUGUGGAUUGCUCUCAGAAUCGCCUUGACUCUUCCGGUCACAGUUGCCUCUGCCGAGCGUAGUUUCUCAAAACUGAAACUCAUCAAAACAUAUCUGAGGUCAACAAUGGGACAGGAGCGUUUAAGUGGCCUUGCCGUCAUCAGCAUCAAUGCUGAAGUAGCACAUAGUCUGUCUUUGGAUGACCUGAUCAGUGAUUUUGCUGCCAGGAAAGCUCGCCGUGCACUUUUGUAAAGCCUUCUUCUUUGUUCAUGCUUGUUUGGAACUUGUUGUUCAUUGUAUUUAUUUUAUUAUCAUGAAGCUGUCUUUAUUUAUUUGCAUAAUUAUUUGUUCAUAGCUCAUUUUGUUUGGAAUCGACAGCAUUUUUAUUUAAGUAAUUUCUAAUGCUGGUGUUAAGAAAGUUAUUUAUUAUUUAUACGUUAUAAAUAGUACUCUUGUGCUGUUCUUCACUGUU